AUGUCAUUAGAAUCAUCUCACUCCAACCAAGGAGAAGAGGAAAUCGCACAAAAGGAAACCUACAGCGUUCAUUCCACGGACAUUUCCUCAGGAUCAGAAAUCAGUAUCAAAGAUGCUGGUGUUCAAAACAUUGAAGUAUACGCAGAACAAUACAAGAAACCAUACUAUCGUGUCUUACUAUUUUUCUCUUUAUUCUUAGUCGCUUACGCAUACGGUCUAGAUGGUAACAUCCGUUACACAUACCAAGCUUACGCCACAUCAUCAUACUCUCAGCAUUCUCUCCUUUCCACUGUCAAUUGUAUCAAGACAGUCAUUGCCGCAGCUGGACAAAUUUGGUUCGCUAGAGCAUCCGACAUCUUCGGAAGAUUAACCAUGCUCAUCAUCGCUAUCUUAUUCUAUGUAGUAGGUACCAUUAUUGAAUCACAAGCAACUAACGUCGCUAGAUUCACUGCAGGUGGUUGUUUCUAUCAAGUCGGCUACACAGGAGCUAUGUUAAUCGUUGAAGUCAUCGCUACUGAUUUUUCUAAUUUAAAUUGGAGAUUAUUAGCAUUGUUUGUCCCUGCUUUACCAUUCAUUAUUAAUACUUGGAUUAGUGGUGAUGUCACAUCCGCAGUUGGUGGGGAUUGGAAAUGGGGGAUCGGGAUGUGGGCUUUCAUUUUCCCGUUGGCUUGUAUCCCAUUGGGUUGUUGUAUGUUACACAUGAGAUAUUUGGCUAAUAAGAAUUCAAAGGAUAAAUUGGCUAAACAUGUUAUGGUUCCAAAGGAUAAGGAAUGGAAAAGAUAUUUCUUCAUUGACGUUUUGUUUUGGAAAUUGGAUAUGAUUGGAUUAUUAUUGAUGGUUUGUUUCUUUGGAUGUGUGUUGGUUCCAUUCACUUUGGCUGGGGGUAUGAAUAGUGAAUGGAAAACUGCUCAUAUUAUUGUUCCAGAAGUUAUUGGUUGGGUCGUUUGUUUACCAUUGUACAUUUUAUGGGAAAUGAAAUUUUCUAAACAUCCUCUAACUCCAUGGGCUUUAUUGAAAGAUAGAGGUGUAUUCUCUGCUUUGAUUAUUGCUACAAUGAUUAAUUUCUGUUGGUACAUGCAAGGUGAUUAUAUGUAUACUGUCUUAGUAGUAGCUGUUCAUGAAUCUGUCAAAUCAGCCACAAGAAUUACAUCUUUGUAUUCUUUCGUCUCUGUUCUAACUGGUACAGGGUUGGGUCUUGUUUUGAUUAAAGUGAGAAGAACCAAACCAUUCAUUAUAUUUGGUAUCAGUAUGUGGUUCGUUGCAUUCGGUUUAUUAAUUCGUUACCGUGGUGACUCUGCUUCUCAUGCAGGUAUUAUUGGUUCAUUAUGUUUGUUAGGUUUCGGUGCAGGGUUCUUCACUUACACAACACAAGCUUCCAUCCAAGCUACUACUAGAUCUCAUCAAAAGCUUGCAGUCAUUACUGCCCUUUAUUUGGCAGCAUAUAAUAUUGGAUCUGGGUUAGGAUCCGCCGUUUCAGGUGCUGUUUGGACUAACGUCUUGCCCGAUAGAAUUUCCAAAGCUAUUGCAAAUCAAACACUAGCCGCUGAAGCUUAUGGAUCUCCAUUUACAUUUAUCAUAACUAAUACUUGGGGUACCCCAGAUAGAAUGGCUGUUGUUAAAGCAUACAGAGAUGUUCAAAAAAUCCUUUGUAUCAUUGGUCUUUGUUUCUGUAUCCCAUUACUUUGUGCUGCUUUAUUUCUAAGAAAUCAUAGAUUAGAAGAUGUUGUCGCACUUAAUGAAUUGGAUGAAAAGAAUGUCAAAGAAGAUGAUCCCGUGGUUGAUUUCCUUGCUAAAUUUAUUCCAUCUUUAAGAAAUAAGAAAAAUUCUGGAAAUAUUCCUAACACAACUCAUAAUAAUAACUAUAAUAAUAACAGUGAUAUUGAACUUGUUAAUACCAAAUCUACAGAAACUGUUUAA